UUAUGUAUGUAUGUGUGCGUGUACUAUGUAUGUAUGUGAGCGUUACGUACGUAGGUUAAGUACAGGGAAUUUAACACCAGGCUGUCAAUUAGUAGGUUCAAAAAUUUGACAGAGAGGGUUCUCUAUUUCCUAUGUAUUACUUUUCUCUAUGAUCUUGACUUCUUUCUUGCGUAAAUAAAAUCGUAAUCUUUCUCCAAGACUGAUAAUUUAGCAAAAAAUAAUAUUGUGCUUAUCAGUGCCUCUGCCUGUGAUACGUCUUUACCCAAAAGAUUAUUAUUUUGGAGUAAUCUCUCGUGUAACAAUACAGUGAUAAAAUGAGUGAACCAGCGAAGGAGUUCGAAGUAAACUCUGACCCGAGUUUAUCUAACGUUGGUGUUACGCGUGAUUUAGGAAAUGCGCCGUCGUUUAUAAACCCAAUGCCAUCUACGUCUACGGCUGGUGCUGUGGGUCCCCCUGCUUUGCCCCCAAGGCCUGAUAUGGGCAUGCAGCAGAGUUUUGGGAUGAAUCAAGGAUACUCUUAUGGAGGAAUGGGAGGAUAUGGUAUGGGGACCAUGGGGGGCUACGGUGGUUACGGCAUGGGGGCAAUGGGAGGCUAUGGGGGGUACGGAGGAGGAUAUGGGAUGGGUGGAAUGGGGAUGGGCUCCCCAUAUGGUGGUUACAACAGUUUUCGACCAAUGUAUGGUGAUAUGGAAAGCAGAUUUAUCCAAAUGGCAGAAGAGAAUUCUAGGCCAGCGUUUGACUCAAUUCAAAGCUUCGUUAACGCGGUGGGCAGCGUCGCCAUGAUGUUAGAGAACACAUUCUUCGCAUUGACCAGUUCAUUUAGAGCCAUUUUAGGUGUAGCAGAAAACUUUGGUAGACUUCGAUCAUUGUUCGCACAGUUCUGGUCCACAUUUGCCGUAGUCCGGAGUCUCAAUUGGAUGGUCAGGAAGCUCCUGGUGAUCAUGGGCAUCAGGACUGAAUGUGAAUUCAAGGCCUGGGCAGAAGCAAUGGCCGCCACUCAAGCGGGCACGGCCAGCCCUAACCAAAGAGCCAAGGGCUCCAGCUGGCCCAUCCUGAUGUUCUUCGGAGUGGUGGUCGCAGCACCCUACUUGGUGCUGAAGAUGCUCAACGGACUGUCUACGAGCAUUAAUGAGAAAUUAAACGACCCAACAACAUGGCAGAAUCCUCUUCGAGCGGUCGCCCAACACGAUUUCGCGGCAUCCUCACCGCAAGAACUAAGUUUCUCAGCAAACCAAGUGUUAACCCUUGCGCCGCAACACCUUCAGACCCAAUUAUGGAACACCGGCUGGCUUAUGGCCACAACUGACCGGCAACACGCAGGGUUAAUCCCAGUCAAUUAUAUCAAAGUCAUCAAACCGACCAACCAAGUCGAAGGCACGCAAAACGAAACGCAAGAGAAACCGGGACCCAGUAUAGCGGAGCUGGACAAAUUGUAUGGACAAGAAUUAUAAGGUUGGUACUUUGAUUGUUGGUUUUGAUAGAAUUGUUAGAAGUUUAGAGUGGAAGCGAAAAUAUAUGGGAAGAGGAAAUUAUUUACAAAUGAAACUUAAUGUAACGUACGAUAGCACAUCAAGCUAUAAUGUGGCAUCUUAUCCUUAGUUGUAAUAAGGGCGAUUUUGAAAAAAAAUGUCUGAUGUGCUGUUCACUGUACUUAAUUGAGUUAAUCUUCAGAAAUACAGUCAUACUUCUUACAAAUGUUAGUUUUGUACCUAAAUUGACCAGUUGAGUAUAAAACUUUAUGAUACGCGUAUAAAAAUGCAGAUAAGUGACUUAGGUUUUUAGUAACAAAAACUACUUUUCACUACUCAUAAUAUUACAAGACUAAUAUACAUAUAUUUUCGUUUUCACUCUAAGGAAUAGAAAUUAAUUACGCAUUAAUUUAAAGGCAAAAUAUAUUCUGUCUCGAAAUACGGUGAUGGAAAAGCAAUAUUGUAAAUAAUUUACUAUCUAAUUAAAUUACCAUAUAUACAAAAUGACUCUGUUAGAAUAUUUGAAAUUGGUGCCAGAGCUAUUAUAGUAUGCUAUUUAAAUUAUACACAUGUUAAAGUACUUAGAACAAAUCAGCUUGAAAAUAGAUCACAAAUAAUAAUUGUAGAUAAAAUGUAAGUUUCUUUGGAUAAGUUACACCUCCCUCACACAAUCAAAAAAAUUCACUUUUUCAAAAUGCGUUUAAUAUUACAACCCGGUUCAGUUAACUGCGUACCUGGCAGCCGUGACGUCACAUCGACGCUCUUUCCAGCGAGGUGCGCAGAAGCUCGACCGUGUUGUAAAUAUUUGCAUACAUAUUUACAAUUUUCAUUUAUAAAAUAAUUAGACAUUUUUGUAACUUUCAACUCCAGUGUCAUAGGCUGUCUGUCUACUAUGGUACACUAUAAAAAAUUGUGUUCCAUAUGUGGGACAUUAAACAGUUAAAGUGUUAAAUAGAUACAUACUGAUAUUUCCUGCCAUUAUUAAUUGGCUUUAAAAUAGUUAAAUCUAGUCUCUAACAUUACCAAUUUUGUAGAACUUUUUCUGACCGAAAAAUACCACUUGUAAAAGCUAGGAGAAUGUUAUGUUAGCUUUAAAAAUAAUUGACGGUGUGAAGCAAUUAUAUGUCUUAUUAGUAUGGGAAUAGGGACUAACACAUGAACCGCUAUGCAUUUAUUCUUUAUUUUUAAUGAUAUCUUGUAAUUCUACGCUAGUUGCUUGAGCAGUAGAACAAUGUAUAAUAGAUAUUCUAUCGAAUGAUAAGAAAAAUCUGAUAUGAGAUUAAACAGAACUUGUAAAAAAACUUGUUACAUUGAUGUGAUAUCGACAACUGAAAAAUAACCAUAACAAAAUUGAUAUAACAUAGCAGUAUUGGACAUUUGACAUGAUUGUUGAAGUGUACUUAUGCUUUAUGUAUAAGACCAAAAAUACACAACUUUUCUUGCCGACAUAGCAGUGACUGUUAAACUACCAUAUAGGUAUCACUUUGUGAAAUUGAGAUCGAGACUGACACCAUUGGGAUAUUGUCGUUAUAGUUCGCUCAACGAGAGUUGAGGCCAGCUACACAAGCAAAGAUUUGUGUCCGUAUACGCUGUCUGUUCUGACGUCUUUUGUCUCGCUUGCAGACAUUUAACAAGAGCGAGGGAGCUAGUGUAUUUGAUAUUUGAACUUGAUAUGUAAUGUUUUGUUUGUGUUCUGUAUUCAAAUAAUACAUCAGUGUGAGUACGUGUUCGCCUCAAUUUUCGUUGCGCGAACUAUAAAUUGCCUGUCUGACAGAUAAUGUCAAUGUCAUGUACUCUGUACUAUUGAGCUAAAAAUCAAAUCUCUGUUUUUGUUUAUGUAUUUACAUUUAAUGUUAUCCGCUCUCUUGGGGAGCAAUAAUUUUAUUUUUAAUUGUGAUUUAUUCUUAUUAAUUUAAUGAUAUUGUUUUAUAUAAUUUUUGUCUAUUGUUUUAAAUAAUAGAUUUGUUAAGUGGGAUGGACUGAUUUGUU